AUGGAUUUCGGUCAAGGAGCAGGAGAACGCAGCUCGAAAAAAUCCGCCAAAACCUCCACACCCCAUUCCAACAACGAUGUUCAUGCAGACAUUCUCGCCGAUUUGGAGGCCACAUUCAAGGCCAACCAGGACCAGAGUGCGUCCGCCUCCUCUUCCUCGGCCGGCCACCUGCUUUUGACGCGCGUCAACCAGAACUCAGCCGAGAGAGCACAUGUCGCAGCGGUUGGGAAUCAGUUGGGCCCAGAGGGAACACUUGCCGCACCUCGAGUUAUUGGUGAUUUUGUUGGUCUGCACAGUAAUAUGGACGUCAGGAGCGGCACGGGCGGUGCCGAGAGUAUGAGCGAGGCCAUGGACAAUAUUCGCCUCGGAGGCUUGGAUGAUGCAUUCAACGACCUGGAUGCAGUAGAAGACGAGGAGUACGAAGAUAUUGGCGAUUUCGGACUCCAUCUCAGUCAAGGUUCGAGCUUGCAGGCGGGUGAUAACGAGGCAGAGAGAGCGAGGAGUAAGGGCAAACAGGUGGUGGCCUCGUCUAUGGCAACCUCUGUCGAUCCCACGCAACUAUACAGUGCCACAGCGGAAGGCUCAACAACACCAUGGGAGAUUGCGGCUGGGUUGGAGCCAACCAUGCAAGACGACGACGAUGACGAACUGGAUCUGGAUGUGGACGACCCGGCGAUUGAAGAGCUUGGAUUGGCCUUGGCACCUAAAUCAAAACGUGAAAAGAAAAAGAUGCAAAAGAAGGGUAUCGUUAACUACCCUCCUGAGGUUCAAAAGCUGCUCGGACUCGCCAACAACGCCUACGUUAACAGAGACUACGAUCAAGCAGUCGACUACUUCCAACAGGUCAUUGUGACCCACCCCAAUGUUUUUCAGGCAUGGAACAUCAUGGGAGUCAUUCAAGAGGAGCUGGGAAACACGGAAAAGGCUCUUCAGCUCUACCUCGUGGCUGCUCAUUUGACACCCAAAGAUGGGACUCUCUGGAAGAAACUGGCCGUCAUCUCCAAGGACUGUGGCUAUGAUCAGCAGGCGCUGUACUGUUUCACAAGAGCAUUCCGUGCGGACAAGAACGACAUGGAUGCGCUUUGGGAUCGGUCUAUCAUGUACCAGAUUUUGAACGAACCGUUUAAAGCCAUCUCGGGAUUUCAAAAGCUGCUCAAAGUCAAACACCAUUAUAUGCCGGCGCUCGAAGAAUUGGUUAAGCUUUACAGUUCACUGGAUCAGGACAACAAAAAGUACCGGGAGAAUAUGCACCAAGCUAUGUUGGACUAUGAGGCGGCUUACCUCCAUUACUCGUCACUUCCGGACAAGUUCUCAAACAACAGUGCGGAUCCCUUUGAUGUUGCCGACAUGGACUACGACAGUCAGCAGAGCGAGCCAUAUGGAUACUCUGCCUUGAACAUGCUGAGCGAACUGUACAUUAUGUUUGAGGAGUAUGAAAAGCCCAUCGAUAUGAUCAAGACUUGGUCUCGGAGGCUGCAGCGGAGGUCUCACCAGACUUGGUGGGAUGAUUACAAGGACGACCGGGAGUUUGAUACUGAGCCAGACGAUGAGGAUCUUCAAGCAUCCUUGGGUGACAACCGGACACGUGGACUCCCAAUUGAUCUUCGUGUCAAACUCGGAAUUUGUCGACUCAUGAUGGAAGAAGUCAAAGAGGCCAAGGCGCAAUUCAAGUACCUCUGGCGGUGCAGUGUUGAGGACUUUCCAGAUCUGUACGAGGAGAUCGCCGAACUGUAUGUCACCAAGCAGAUGUGGAAGGAUGGAUACAACGUCAUCAGGGCAAUGCUUCAGUACGAUGAAAUGGAUGUUCCCAAGAUCUGGAUUAUGGCUGGAGAAUGUCUUCGCCACAUGCGCCAGUUCAAGGAGGCCAAGGAUUACCUUGAGCAAGCACACCGUGCAGACCCCGAUAGUGUUGAACUCAGCAUGAUGUUGGCCGAGGUGUACGAGGAAACAGGACAGCUGCAGCAGGCUCUGAAGCUCGCCAACUUUGUGAGACGGGUCAACGCUGAAAAGCAGGCAGAGGCUGACCAGAGGCGGAAGGAAGCCAAAGCAAUCAGAGACGCAAAGAACAAAGACGCACCAUCUACGCCUAGAACUCCUGCAAGCACAUCAAGCCUUCCGGUGAACAAUUAUGGGUACCGUGAACUGGCUCCUCGCCAGACUACAACAUCUGAUGCCGCUAAGAACGCAUUGGCACGUAUCACAGAGGCCAGCCGGAGCAGGACAGCAGCUGAGCGCUACAAUAGCGCGGAUCGGGAUCGUGACAUUCAGUUUGUGCGAGCCGCACGAGAACAGGAACGCGCUGACAAGUUGGCCGGGAGAGAGUUCCAUACACAGGAAUUGCGCGAGGUCAUCGAGAAGUUCAAUCGAGUGGAUCUCAUCUUCCAGAGGAUCGACGAGAAGGAAAAGUCAAAGGUGUGGGAGAACAAGCGAGAGGCUGUCGACUUUACGCGCGAGGACCGGACCCAGUACAUCCAAGUGGCUCGAGAUCUAAUCGACAUGUUUAUGAGUAACAAGGCGUUCUUUGUCAAGGAGAAGCUGAAGCCCUAUAUGGGCGCCGAGACCCGUGCAUGGCGGUACCGACGCAGCCACAAGGAAGAUCAGGACAUUGUUCUGUCGGAGCACGCCAGCGAGAUGUCGGACAGAUUGGGCACGAUGAUGGGGCUGGCGCCAACCAAGCCAGUCGUCCCGGAGGCGGUCGAGGCGGCGCCACCCCGUGCGCCUGCAACUUCCUACAAGGACGUGCCGUUCGAUGCCUGGUACUUGCUCAUGAUUCGACAGGCUGUCUAUCUCACUUUCGAGAAUCGAUAUGAGGAGGCGAUCGAUUUGCUGAUGGUCAUGUACAGUGCCAACGUUUUCUACGCAGUUCCUCGUCGGAGAUCGGGAAUCAUGUUGGUGGUGCUGUCCUGCUCCAUGUGGGUUGGCGACUAUGACGCGACUAUCAAUGCAGGACGAUGGCUGUGCAACUUUGGUGGCGUCCGACCCUUCGCACUCAAGCUCUUCCAGUCGGUCUAUACACACGGACCUCGGGGACAUCAGCGGUUCUUUGCUUGGGUUCAAGCCAACACAUACAAGUACCUGAAGCGGAGCGUUGACACAAUGCGCUCAUGUCUCGGCAGUAAGACACAUACCAUCCGCAAGAUCCACAAAGUCGACAGGAAGGCUUCGGUGUUCAAGAAACGGAGAGGUCCCAGGAGAUCCUUCCCUAUCUUGAACCCGUCGCUGGCUUCGCCUAAGAAGCGACUCCGAGGUGAUACGGAAGCAUCACCUGUCAAGAUGCCUGCCUUCCCCUGGAGAGGUUCCUCCAAUGUGCUCGAAACGCCCAUCACGAUGGCCGAGGUCAUCGCAGGUAACGCUUCAAGGCAGAGCUCGCAGAGUCAAUUGUCCAGCGUGGGCACACCGGUAGCGGCAGAUGAGGAUCCAUUCACGGAGACAGGAACCCCAGUCUCUUCAUCCAACGGUGCGGGCGAUACAGCAACUGAGGAAUCGAACUCGAUGGCCACAACUCCUGCUGCUGCGGAGGGAUCGACCAAGUCUUUGCGUCCCAAGGUCACAUUUGAAGAGGCCGGUAAUGAUGGAACAGGAUCAGCCGCUGCACCGCACGCUGGAUUAGAUGAUACUGCUGCCAAUGGCGAGGAACCUGUUUUGCGGAGGAAGCGACGGCUUGAGGCCGAGGACACAGCGGAGGCUGAUAUUGAUGAAAGCGGCGAAGAUGUCAACGAUGAGGAUGAGGAUGACGAUGAUGACUAUGACAUCCAUGACGAAGCCUACAAGACCGACGAGGAAGAGGGCAAAGAGGCAGAGCAUGAUCCGGAGGAAUACGAGACAGAGUGGGACCAGGACGACCCUGACUUUCCUCGGCCAACUUCCAAAGGCUUUGGAAAAAGGCGAGGAGGACCUUUGUCUGGCUCGGGUAGCUAUGCUGAUGAUUAUGAGGAUGAGGAGGAGGGCAUCAGUCGUAGCUCGUCACGAGGAUCAGGCAAAGGAGGACGGAAAAAGUCGAACGCCUGGCGGGACCAGUACAAGCAGUCGAAUCGUUCCGAAGGUGAAGGAGAGGUUGGAGACGACUUGGUUGAAAAGCGUGGCAGGGGUAUGAGGAUGUUUACAAAGGACGUCUUUCCAAAGUUUCAAAUGUCGCUCGUCAUGUUCAUGGGACAUAUCUUGUCCCAUUCACGAACCCAUCGCGGAUCUGCAAUCCAUAUCGCAGAGUGCAUGGAGCAUGCGCCCAAGAACCCGAUGAUUCAGCUGUACCUAUCUAUCCAGUUCUUCAACUUGGCGAUGCAGCGAACGACAACCAACCGACAGGUGGUCAUGGGACAGGCACUGGUCUUUCUUCAAAACUACUACCACUUACGCAGGGCUGGUCACGGAUCGAUUGCGUUUUCUGAGAGAGAGAAAUUGAUCAAGGCGAAGGGCAAGUCUACGGAGGCCCCUGCCGCUACCGGUACUGGCGCGCCUGUUUUCCCCAUUAUCAAGUCCAAGUCCGAUGACUGGAAGGAUCAGGCGGAGAUAGCUUCUGCUGAGGCUGUUCGUGCCAGCAGCAGCACUACUGGCGACUCGUCAUCCACACCCUCCACUUUCUCAGAACCCUCGUCUACCAAAACCGUACCGGCACCUGCUGCUUUGUCAUCGUCACCACCAGUGUCCAGUUCGUCAUCUACAGAGCUGCCACUAUUGGCACAAUGCCAGCAGGAGGCAGAGUACAAUUUUGCGCGUGCCUUCCAUCAGAUUGGACAAAAGAAUCUUGCCGUUAUCCACUACCGCCGUGUUUUGGAGUUGCCAUCAUGGCGCCAAGUCGAGCGGGAACAGGAGGCGGCCCAAAAGCUACAGGAGCAGGCACUGAAGGAUGUUCGUUGGCAGGGGAGGGCUGAGGCUCGGUCAGCGGCGAUUGAGAGGAAGAUGGAACGUGCUCAGCAUAUCCGGCAGAUUCGGGAAGCAAAGCAAGCCUUAAAGGAGGAAGCCAAGAAGCAGAGGUUGGAGGUGAAGGCGGCUCGUGCGGAAGCCAAGGCCAUGGCUAUUGCGUCUAGCGGUGCUGCUAUUGCUGAGGACGAGGAUGAUGUGGAGGAGGAGGCUGAGGAGAUGGAUGAGGAUUUGGACGACUUUGCGGCUGAGGAACCUGAGGAUGAAGACGAGGACCUUCUCAGUGAUAAUGAGGCUUCAGCGGUGCCUAUGUUGACGCGGACUCAGGUUCAAGGCGAAGAUGAUGAGGACCCGACGGAUCUGAAGCGGGAGGCAGCGUACAACCUUGCCAAGAUCUAUAUGCUCAGUGGCGCGAUGGGCGAAGCACAGCUUUUGAUGCGAGAGUACUGCACUAUGUAA